AUGGAUACCGAGGAGAUUCAGCAAAGGCCUUCGGCUGCCGACGUUGAAACGGGGCGCCGCCGCAGCAUCGCCAAUAAGGGCUUGACCGGCGCGUCGGCUCUGACGGUCAAGCAGUCCAUCCUACCCAUCGCUCUCGUUACCUUGCUCUUCUUUCUUUGGGGCUUCGCCUACGGUCUCCUCGAUGUCCUGAACUCCAAGUUCCAGACUGCUCUCAACAUCACCGCCGCAAAAGCUGGCGGCCUUCAGGGUUCCUACUUCGGUGCUUAUUUCAUUGGCCCACUGACAUACUCUGGGUGGCUGGUGCGCAAGUUUGGCUACCGCUGGACCUUCAUUGUUGGUCUCUGCAUCUAUGGAGUUGGCGCUCUGAUGUUCUGGCCCUCUGCCGUCUACUCGUCCUUUGGCGGCUUCUGCGGCUCGCUCUUCAUCGUCGGCUCUGGGCUGUCGACGCUCGAGACUUCGGCCAACCCGUUCAUCGCCACCUGCGGUCCUCCCCGCCUGUCCGAGUUCCGCCUCGAGAUUUCGCAGUCCUUUCAAGCCAUCGGCUCUGUCAUCGCUCCGCUACUGGCAUCCCGCGUCUUCUUCAAGGACACCAACCUGACUGACCUGUCCCACGUGCAGUGGACGUACGUCGGCAUCGCAGCCUUCGUCUUCCUACUAGCCGUCGUCUUCUUCUUCACCCCACUUCCCGAAGUUACCGAUGCCGACAUGGCUCUUCAAGCCGAGCAGUGCGCCGACUUAACCGGUUACGAGGAGAAGCCUCUGCGAAAGCAGUACAAGCUGUUCUUUGGUGUUGCGGCCCAGUUCACCUACGUGGGUGCCCAAGUCGCCGUUGCCUCGCAGUUCAUCAACUACACCAUCGAGUCGGCCGGUCUUACCCACGCCGCAGCUUCUGACCGAUACGCCAUCGGCCAGGCACUGUUCGCCAUCGGUCGUUUCGCCGCGGCCGGCAUGUUCAUGUUCAUCAAGCCGCGCAUCGUGCUGAUGGUGUUCAUGACGGCCAUCAUGAUCUUCCUUGCCUGUGCGAUGGGCGUCUGGGGUGAGGGUGGCGUGGCCCUGCUCUCCCUGGUCUUGUUCUUUGAGUCCUGUAUUUUCCCCACCAUCUUCACGCUCUCGAUCCGCGGCCUCGGUCGUCACACCAAGCGUGGCUCCUCGUGGAUCGUCGCCGCCGUCAGCGGUGGUGCACUGUUCCCGUCUCUGACAGGCCUGGCGGCCGAUGCGUCCGACUAUCACAAGGCCAUGGGUGUUCCGUUGGCCGGCAUGUUCGUCUCCUUCGUCUUUCCCAUCUACUUGAACACCGUCUGCCGCAAGGAACUGGAUGGCUUCCGCGCCACACAAAUCGGCUACCAUGACGAACGACGUGGCACCAUCAUUGGUGAUGUCAACGAUCUCGAGACCAUGGAGGCCAUGACUAAGCGCCAGUCCUCACUUCACACCGAAAAGGUGUAA